CGAUGUAAAUUGAUCAGAACGAACGAUUGGUAGCAUGAGUUGACGUUUCAUUGAAUAUAUCCAUGAAAUUUUGUCAUUAGCAACAUGGCGCGAGGCAGCAGUGCAGGCUUUGAUAGACACAUUACGAUUUUUUCGCCAGAAGGUCGGCUUUAUCAAGUAGAAUAUGCAUUUAAAGCCAUUAAUCAAGGAGGUCUAACAUCGGUUGCUGUAAAAGGUGUAGAUACUGCAGUUUUUGCAACACAAAAGAAAGUACCUGAUAAGUUGUUAGAUGCUUCUAGUGUUACCCAUGUAUUCCAGCUUACAGAACAUAUUGGUUGUGUUAUGACAGGCAUGAUAGCGGAUAGUAAAUCUCAAGUACAACGAGCAAGAUAUGAAGCUGCUCAUUUUAAAUAUAAACAUGGUUAUGAAAUACCCGUAGAUGCAUUAUGCCGGCGUGUUGCAGACAUCAGUCAAGUAUAUACACAAAAUGCAGAAAUGCGACCAUUGGGAUGUUCUAUGAUGCUUAUUGCAUAUGAUAGAGAAAAAGGUCCUUGUAUUUAUAAAGCCGAUCCAGCUGGUUAUUUCUGUGGAUAUAAAGCUAUAUCAGUUGGCGCUAAACAAACAGAAGCUAAUUCUUAUCUAGAGAAAAAGUUAAAGAAAAAACAGAAUUACGAUUUUGAUGAAACUAUUCAAUUAGCUAUUACUUGUUUAUCUACGGUUUUAUCUGUUGAUUUUAAACCAACAGAGAUUGAGGUUGGCGUGGUAUCGAAAGACAAUCCUAAGUUCCGUGUACUGACAGAACAAGAAAUUGAUAAGCAUUUAACAGCAAUCGCUGAGAAAGAUUGAUGAUUUUACAUAAGGUUCUUAAUAAAUACAUUAAAAAGGCUUCAUUGAUUUUAUUCAAUACUUAUAAAAUUCUGAAUAAAUGUAUGUCAAAAAAUGAUACAUAAGGUUUAUCAGUAACUUAAUAAACAUCAUAUCCGAGUGAUUUAUAUUAAAA